AUGGCUAAGGUUGAUACGCUGCUUGUAUCAAUUUUAUUGCUCUUUUUGUGGCUAUCAGUGGGUGUUUAUGCAAACCAGCAGGACGGUUCAGCGGUUCCUAUACCAAGCUGUGGUGAACGAGAGGAAGUUGACAAUAUUUUAAAAUCUCUUGAUAGAAUUAAGCGCCUCAAUUAUGCGAAGGCAAACUGUACACUCGAGCGGUACGCCCCAAAAAAUUUACAUAAAGGGGGUAACUGUACGUUAUGUGUCGACGGAUUUUGGUGCGUAGACAAGCAUAUUUGCGUGGUUGAUACUCUACUGGUUUUUUUGGGUGUGCGUCCACCGCAGGCAGUUGAAGAAAAGAAAGAAAAGUUGGAUCCGGAUGACAGUUCCGCACCGAAUGGAAACGAUGAAAAUCCCCUUCCCGCAAGUGAUGCCCCCGCAGCCCCCAGCGGGCCCAAACAAAAGCAGCCGGAUGAUGCGAUUAAAACACCAGGGGGAAAUGUUAAGGACUCGUCACCGGAUGUUGUGCAGCAUCAGAUUUCAACAAAAGGAACUUCUAACACUAAAAUUAACAGAAAAAAUGAAGUUGCGGACACGGAACAACCUACGGACCAGCAAAGAAGCAUAUCUCGACGCCCUUUCACACUCAUUCGUUCAAUGGAUGCAAUACUUUUUUUUGUUGUUGUCUAG